GUGCCGCGUUGCCUUGUGGUCCUUGAGACGUUCUGUUUGGUUUUGAACGAGCGGGAGGGUGCCCGUGUAUUUCGCUAAGUUGCUGUGUUGAGUGCUACCAUGGCGACAGACGACGUGGCGCAGCUCGCCGACUCUCUGGCCAAGGCUGGAGUUGAGGAAGGGGAGCUGAGCUAUAAAGGCCAGGGUCAGAAGUUAGAUGAUGCACAAUCAGUGGAGGAGAUUGUGAAAGAAAUCCAGGACUUUGAGGGACUACAGGCCCUGCGCCUGGAGGGGAACACUGUGGGUGUGGAGGCAGCACAGGCCAUUGCCAAAGCUCUGGAAAACAAAAGCACAUUUAAGCAAUGUUACUGGAGUGAUAUGUUUACUGGCCGCCUUCGUUCUGAGAUUCCGCCUGCUUUGAAUUCUCUAGGUGACGCUCUGAUGUUGGCAGGAGCCAGGCUGACUGUAUUAGAUCUUAGUGACAAUGCCUUUGGACCUGACGGAGUGAAAGGGAUUGAAAAGUUGCUCAAGAGCAGCACCUGUCACACUUUACAGGAGCUACGAUUAAAUAAUUGUGGAAUGGGCAUUGGUGGCGGAAAAAUCUUGGCUGCUUCAUUGACUCAGUGCCAUAAAAACUCCAGUGCUGAAAACUGCCCUCUCAGUUUGAAGGUGUUUGUCGCAGGUCGCAACCGGCUGGAGAACGAUGGUGCAAUUGCCCUCGCUCAAGCUUUUCAGCUAAUGGGAAGUUUGGAGGAAAUUCACAUGCCCCAGAAUGGCAUUAACCAUCCUGGUGUAACGGCCUUGGCUACAGCUGUGCAGCACAAUCCCAAUCUACGCAUCCUCAAUCUCAAUGACAACACCUUCACAGACAAAGGAGGCAUCGCCAUGGCACAGGCGCUCAAACAUCUAAGCAACAUUCAGGUGAUAAACUUUGGGGAUUGUCUGGUGCGUCCGGCAGGAGCUAUUGCAAUUGCUGAAACUGUUUCAGAAGGACUUCCUAUUCUCAAGGAACUCAAUCUUUCCUUCUGCGAAAUCACAGAAGAGGCAGCUCUGAAAGUUGCACAAGCCGUGAAACACAAAGACACGCUGGAGAAACUCGACCUCAAUGGAAACUGCCUUGGAGAAGAUGGUUGUAAAGCUGUGCAGGAUGCCAUGGAGGAAAUGAACAUGGGCCAGCGUUUAGGAUCUCUGAGUGAUGAUGAAGGUGAGCCGGAAGACGAUGAUGAAGACGAGGAGGACGAUGAGGAGGACGAGGAAGAGGACGAAGAAGAUGUGGAUGAGGAAGAAAUUGAGGAAGAAGAGGAGGAUGAUGAUGGUGAGGAGGAGGAGGAGGAAGAAGAGCCGAAGUUUUCCACUCCCAGCUCCGCCCCAAAGCCUCCAGACGUCUCCUCCUUCCUCAGCUUUCCUUCACCGGACAAACUGCUCAAACUCGGAGACAGACGGGCCUAUCUGAUUGAACAGCGGGUGGAUGUGACAGAUGCUAUGAAAACCGCAGAAGCCUUUCUAAAGAUCUCUUCUGUUUACAAGGACGACAAUAAAGAAGUGAAGGAUGCCGUUUUGGAAAGUGUUGAUGCUCUUCUGAAGAAAGCUUAUUCCAGCCCUUCGUUCCAAGGAUUCAGCUUUGUAUCAUCUCUGUUAAUACUUCUUGGACUGAUCAAGAGCGAGGACAAAGUGAAGCCUGUUCUAGUGGUCCCAGGACAUCUUCAGGCCUUAGAACAUGUGGUUCAACAAGAUUACUUCCCAAAAGAAAAUGUGGCGGUCCUUGAGGCCUUCAUGUCCCGGAACAACAAAGCUCUUGACCUGUGUGAAAACGCUAGAAUCCUCCUUCAGUCGACUCUACAGAGUUUGAAGUCUCAGAGCUGAGGACACCAGAGGUCAUCGACACACAAGUGGAAUUAGAUGGACUGCAAUAGUGAGCAUUUGUUUGAAAGAAAAAAGAAACUCACAUCCUACCCCAGCCUCUCCACUACACUUGAAUGGACUUAUUGUUAAAUUAUGUACUGCUCUAAUACUAAUCUGAAUCCUGGUGAGAUGCAGCUUAUAUUUUCAGCCCUGGACACAUCCGGCUGCAUUUACAGUAAAUUGUUGUAUUUAUCUUUCUUCAGCUUUUCUAUCAUUGUUUUACAUUUGAAGUUUAUUAUACACAACCAAGUUGUGUGAACAAUAUAUUAAAUAAAUAGGGCAUUUAUGAUAUUAUAAAAAGAGGAGCCAAAUGGUUUACAAAAUAAGAAAUUUUCUCUUGUUUAUAAUAAAAUGAUUUCAUUUGAUAUUUGUAUCUUAUCGGUUUUGUUCUUUUGAGUUUAUUAAGUGUCACAGGGAUUCUGCACUAAAUCAAAAUACAUUAAAGUGCAUUUGACAGAUUC